AUGGAGGGUAUAGACCCGGAUACCCUUUUGGAAUGGCUUCAAACGGGUGCGGGGGAAGAACGCGAUCUACAGUUGAUGGCGUUGGAGCAGCUUUGCAUGUUGCUGCUGAUGUCCGACAACAUUGACAGAUGUUUUGAGAGCUGUCCUCCACGAUCUUUUAUCCCUGCCUUAUGUCGAAUCUUCUUGGAUGAAACGGCUUCAGAGAAUGUUUUGGAGGUGAGUAUUUCAAUCUUCUUCUUGGCUUUUAGAUCAACAACAGACGGUUGCAAGAUUUUAUGGUCGAAAAUGACGUUUAUUUGCAGGUCACGGCCAGAGCCAUCACUUAUUAUCUUGAUGUGUCGAACGAAUGUACCAGACGGAUUACUCAAGUCGAAGGUGCCGUCAAAGCCAUCUGCCAUCGUCUUACUUUGGCCGAUAUGAAUGACAGAACCUCCAGAGAUCUUGCCGAACAAUGUGUGAAGCUGCUGGAGAGUGUUUGUCAACGUGAAACUCCAGCAGUUUAUGAGGCCGGAGGUCUGCAGGCAAUGUUGACAUUGGUCGGUCACAAAGGAAAUGUUAUCCACAAAGACACAUUGUAUUCGGCUAUGGCCGUGGUUCAGCGUCUCUGCAGUCGUGUGGAGCCCACUGACAACAAUCUGAAGGAAUGUGCCGGCGAAUUGGGCCGACUUCUUACCCAUGAUGACCCAAAAGUGGCCGAAAGUGCUCUCCGAUGUUUCGCCGCCCUCACAGACCGAUUCAUCCGCAAAUCCAUUGAUCCCACCGAGCUUGCGGAGCCGUCCAACCUUAUCGAACACUUGCUGACUUCACUGUUGCCCAGUGGCGGCGGACAUUCGGAUGGGAUGGUCACCAAUAAAUCCAUUUCUUUCAUAUCAAUUGUACUUUCAUUGCUCAGUAAUCUUUGCCGAGGGUCCCACAAGGUUACAAUGCAGGUUGUCAGGUAUGUUUUGAGAGGAAUUUUCGAGAUAUUUCAAAAAUUUUCGUCAUGUGUAAUAUAGUUCUAAAAAAAUAAUGCUUAAUUUUCAGCUCGGAAAAGUUGGUCCCGGCUCUGAAGAACAUUUGCUCAAGUAAGGAUGAGCGCUGUGUGCUCGACGCCCUCCGCCUUGUCGAUUUGUUGGUCUUGUUGAUGUGCGAUGGUCGAAGCUCCCUCCCCAAGAACAACUCCAUUAUCCCUUCAUGCGAUUCGAUGUCGGCCAACUCUUCCUACGACAAAAGCCACCGGUAUUUAAUCGAUGCCAUCCGUCAGCGCGACACUGACGCUCUUAUCGACGCUUUUGAACAUGGAAAUGUAAGUUCUGAUUUGAUGUUUUGAUUUCUGUCUUUAGGUGGAUCCAAACUUUACCGAUGAUGCCGGACAGACCCUGUUGAACUGGUGUGCGGCCUUCGGAACGCUGGAUAUGGUUCAGUACCUCUGUGACAAAGGAGCUGAUGUUAAUCGAGGCCAAAGAUCUUCUUCGUUGCAUUAUGCGGCUUGCUUUGGAAGAGUUGAUGUAAGUUGGGGAGAGAGAAUGAUGUAUUUUUUGAGGACGAAGAUUAAAAAAAAUUUAUAUUAUUUUAUACAUUAUCCUUCAGAUUGUCACCGCUCUGCUUCGAAAUGGCGCGAAUCCCGAGCUCCGAGACGAAGAAGGUCGAACGGCUUUGGACAAAGCCCGCGAACGCGCCGAUGAAUCGCAUCAACAAGUCAUCCAGAUCCUCGAAAGUCCAUCUGCUUACAUGACUUCUGAUUCCGAACGCUCUCAACGUCGAGAAACUGUCGAAAUCCCAGAACAAUCGGAACAAGAAUCCUGCCAAAUCGACCCAGAACUCAGCCGAAAAGUGAUCCAACAACUCAUCCCGGUCUUUUGUAAUGUGUGUUUGAACUCGAUGGUGACUUCUGUGAAGAAAGCGGCCUUAGGUCUGAUCGGAAAAUGCGUUCAGAAUUGUUCGGCUGAAGCGUUUGAUGAGCUGAUGCAAGGAAAAGUCAAAUCCAUUGACUCCGACGAUGGUGCGGCCUUCGUUGAUGGCCUGACCAAGGUAUUGGUGAUGGUUCUAAAUGAAGAAGACAACACCGAAGGACACGAAUAUGUGCUAAAAGUAUGUUUGACCAAGUUUAUUAUUGAUUUUUUCGAAAUUUAGAUUUUGUUGGCCGUCUUGGAGAAGAACCCCACUUUUUGGGUUGAUGAACUAGUACGGCUGGGCGUUGUAGAGCGCGUAGAACACUUGGCCAGCCAAGAAGUCCCCAAUAAUGAGUUCAUAACCGCCGCGGAUGUCGCGAAAGAACAGGAAAUUACGACCAUCUCCGCGCCGAGUAUUCGAUCCCACUCAGGAACCCCCGCGAGGUCGGAUUCUGCCCAAGCGGAGCGCCAGCAAAUGCUCAAUAUCCCAGUGCAGAGCGAGGAGGAAUUUCUGGAUACUCAGACCCCAUCGCCAACCCCGGAAAAUGCCGAUAUCGAAGAGAAAAAGACGUUGAAAGAGGCGCUGGAUACGAUCCAGGAGCCCGGAACCUCGACCAGCGGAGAUUCGUGGACUCUGAAGGACAAAUCUCUGUACAAAUGGAAGGACUGGCGCCUCAUGCGGUCGACUGACAGCCUGUAUGUUUGGUGCGACGCUGUGGCCAUCGAACUGAGCGACGGUUCCAAUGGAUGGCUCAGAUUCUUCCUCGAUGGAAAACUGAACACAAUGUAUAGUAGUGGAGUCCCCGAAAGUGGCCCCGACAACUCGGAAACACGCUCUGAUUUCAUCCGCAAGUUCCAGGCGAAUAGAAAUUUGAUGGGCGGCAAUGGAGUGUCUCCAAAGCCGAUCUUUUCGAACCCUCUGCCCGGAAAAAGCAUCGAUUCGGGCAAUUGGCAGAUCAGCUCAACCCAAGUCGACGAAUUGGUCAUCACGAACAAGGAAGGAGGCCAGCAGAAGGUCAUAAUCAAGGACGACCUCCCCGGAUUCCAAUACGAGACUUCCAAAUUUUCAACCAAGAGUUUUAUGGCCGAGUCGACGCUUGGAUCGAAUUUUGUGACCGGAUGGGCGGCCCGAGGCGGCGAAAGACGCCUCAGAUUCAGAACGGAAGCUCAGAAGCAAAGAAUCAACGAAUUGGCCAAGGAAUUGUGGAACAAACACCUGAAGGAGGCGAGAAACAAACCCCGAGAAGUGUUUGUUCAGCUCCGAAAAGCCGCCGAAGAAUUGAGCGAAAUCACCGAGAUUUGCGCCCAAAAUCAGGCCGACCAAUCGAGAGCCGGCGAGCUGGCGGAGAAGCUUUCUGCCGUACGAGAUUUAAUGGUGAAUGAACGUCUCUUGUCGACCUUUGAAUUGGCCACAAGCGGAGUGAUCCAAGCCAUUUUGGGAUUUGUUUCGGCCGCCCUAGAAGUGAGAAGAGGAGUUGUGGAAGAAGUGUUCAAAAAAGUGUUCGAAAAUGAGGUAUUGCUAAGCUCGAUGGUCCAUAGAAUUGUCGAUGUCCUAGAGUCGGUGGAGAAAUUCACUCAACACUUGUAUGACACCCCUGGAGGAUCAGCAAAUGGACUGCAGUUAUUGACCAGAAGACUGAGAUUUUCAAUGGAACAAAUCGAUCCCGGCUGCCCCACCCAAAGCGAAUUGUUGGACCGGACUGGAAGAGUAUUGAAAACGGAGCCCUUGACCACGGUUGGACAGGUCAAGACUUUCCUACAUCGAAUGGUCGCCAAGAUGUGGUACGAUUUCCCCAGGGAGUCCAUGGAAUUUGUCCGAAACUUGAACGCAAAACACGCCCAAAAUGAGGCCCUGGAACUGAAAUACGAGUCGGAUUUUGACACAAAUGGCCUGAUUUGGUACAUUGGAACGAAUGGAACAACACAAUCAGAGUGGAUCAACCCUGCUGCGGUUGGAGUUUUGCACAUCACGUCGACUGAUGGAUCGAAAUUACCUUAUGGAUGCUAUGAAGACAUCCUGAGCAGAGAUGUGAACCCUUUGAACUGCCACACAAGCGAUAAUAAGGACAUAGCGAUCACAAUCGACCUUGGAGUGGUCUUCAAGCCCUCGGCGUAUACCCUGAGACACGCCAGAGGCUAUGGAAAAUCGGCUUUGAGAACGUGGGAUCUGGAGGGAUCUCUUGAUGGAAAAGGCUUUGUUUUACUCUCAAGACAUGAAAAUGACACCUCCCUGAAUGAUGCCGGAUCUACCUCGACCUUUUUUAUCCCCGAAAAUGAACAGAUCUGUAAGGAAUUAAAGGUUUUUGACAUGAAUUUUGUUAGAAUUGUAUUAUACUUGACCUUCUAACUUGAUAUGCUUUUCAGCAAAAGUUCGAUACCUCCGACUUCGCCAACGUGGACCGAAUGCCUCCGGAGUGACUCAUUACAUAUCCCUGAGUGGAUUCGAAGUUUACGGAACGGUUUAUAGCGCCAUUGGAGACUCGUUCAACCCGGUACAUCCGAAAAAACAUUCAUCCAAAAAAAUCAAAGUUUUGCCGGUGAAAUUGGACUCGAAAAUCUCGAAAUCUCAGGAUGGACCACAUGUCACAAUGCCUGUAAGUUUGGAGGACACUUUUAUUUGCAAGGGAAGAUCAGAAAAAAUGAUUUUUUGUAAAAAAAAAUUUUCUUCCAGGGAAAACGAAUUAAAUCGUCAAAACCCACCGGAUUCGGAAGAACUCAACGAGUGAAUUCGUCAGAUUCGAACUCCUCAAUCCCCGGCAGCAUUCACAUUGCCCAAUCGAGUGCCAUGAACCCCGCCACAGUCGCUACCGCCUUGGCCAACAACACUGCCGCUCAAAGUCAGGGAUCCCCGAACUCCUCAAUCCAUCAGAAGUCAAUGUCAACAACGAACCUCCUAGACGUCAAUGCCGGACAGAAGAAGUCGACAAACUCGGUCUCGGCCACUCAACAGGCCUCAUCAGCCGAGUGCUUGCAACGCCAGUCACCGUCACUCGAGAAUUUGCUCUCCAGAGCAAGAGUUUUUGGCGAUAGAAGAAUCCCCGACCCGGUGCCAGAACACGACGCACUGGAUGAGUAUUCAAGCCGGGAAAGUCAUAUCGACACGGCCAGCACUGCUACUCAUGAGGAAAAUAAAAAGUAAGCUGGUUUAUUUUUUGUUUGUUUUCUGUUUUUAGGAAUGAAAAGAAGUUUUGAACGGAUUUUUUGUCAAAUUUCAAGAAGAUCGUCUAAUAGUGGCCCAUCUGAUUUUUAAAAAUUUCAGUCUCUCAGCCAGUACUCCGGAAUUAGCCCAGCCCGAGCUUUCCAUCGCCUCCAGCACCCCUCAGCCCCCAGCCGAUCAAACCACCCCAACUCAAGCCAAGCCCCCACCUCGCCCACUCUACAACGGCAUUGUCGACCUCUAUCAGGAGAUUGUGAAGAACGGCCAGUCGAUUGAAGACGUCGAUGAAAUGGAACGCUACGGCCUAACAAGCUCGUAUGUGGCCGCCACUCUGGAUGAAAUCAUGGAAGCCGAUGACAUUGACAAUUACGAAUUCAGCAAUGACGAGUUCAAUGAGAAUGAACAGGAAGAACAACCGGAGGUUUCGGAUGAAAAUAACCCCAAAACAACCCUCACAACCAUUGGGCAGGGCAUCAAAAGUAAGAUUGGAAAUUACGCCGGAGCUCUGAAGAACAUCGUCUCGCAAGCUGUGGAACCGAAUCAGGAAGCGAGCGCGGCCAAGAAGGACCCCACUGGAGGAUUGGCUAGCCAUCUGGUAGGAUUUUGCUCGAGAAAUUUUCUUUGUUAUUAUGGUGAACCAAAAAAAAUCCGAUUUUUUAUUAAAAAUUUCAACAUAAUUUUACAACAAAAAUCGGGAUUUUUUUUGGUUCACCCUAAUAGCAGUGAAAAGGCGUGCAGUUUUUUUGCGUAUUCAAAUUUUGUGAUUUCAGGAAGAAUUCUUCGAAGAACUCUUUGCCGAUGAUGACGAAGAAUGCGAUGAUGAAUAUGGAACCUCUCUCCCCGGCACAGAAGGCUCAACCCUGGAGCGGUUGGCCUCAAUGGCCCCAUUCCCGGUCUCCUCCGACUUUGUGGACCGCUUGAGACGCCAAGCCGAGCCGGCCACCGAAACCGCGGGCCCUUCCACCACCCCGCAAAACUCGAGCUCCAGCAGCAGUGUGAACGCGCCGUUGAGAAUCAAUUGGCGAAAUCUCCUUCGAGGAUCCUCCUCAGAGUCUGCCGCUUCCAAUUCAACCCCAAGUUCCUCCAAAUUUGCCGCGAUUCCGUUGAGAUCCGAACUGGUCAGGCUUUUGGCAGAGUCCAGUGGAUCAGACGGAGGCCUACAGCAUGAUGUGGUACUGUCCAUGCUCGAUGCGGCUGGUCUGCGAAGUCUAAGCGGAAAUCAGCAUCGAUCCAACACUGGCGGUAGAAAUACGCGCAAGCCGACCAGAAAUUGGGAUGAUGAAUAUGUUUUGAGAAGACAAUUCCACGCUCUGAUCCCUGCUUUCGACCCCAGACCCGGAAGAAAUAAUGUUAAUCAGACGUCGGAUAUGGAGUUGCCACCGAAAGACGUGAAAUGCCCGAAAGUCAAGGAUUUGAAUAGGUAAGGGAGGAAGUUGUAGAUGGUGAUAUUUUUUUGGCAAAAAUUUUUAUUUUUGGGAGAGUUUGGGGCUGAAGUUACAAAAAAUUGCUUGGAUUUAGUUUGAAUAGAGAAAGUAGAGCCUGAUUGUCGAUUUUCAGGAAGCGCAGCUACAACGAAACUAAGGAAACCGCCUCUCUGGAACUUUUCCUUAGAGGUCCCAACAUCAAUGGAGUAGAUAAUGCCACAAUUUCCCUGGAAGACGGCGAAGAAUCCAUGUUCUCGGCCGUCCAAAGACUCCUCAACCUCACCAAUUACGCCGCGAAAACGGAUCGAUCCAGGAAAAUUUGGGAACCCAGCUAUAUCAUCAUGUAUCAGAAUGUGCUCCCAGAAGAAAUUCCCCAGAAAAUUCAAGCCACGGAGCCGCAGGAUCUGGACGAUUUGACAAGCGAGAAGAAUGUUGUAGUGAAACAGUGCCUCGACACCCUUCAAGCCUUCCAUGAACUGGCGGAGGAUCAUGCUUCAACCGACAGCUUUGUCAGCCAAAAGUUGACCCAAAAACUGUCUCAAGAAUUGACCGAUCCUCUUGUGGUGUCGGCCAAAGCAUUGCCAAGUUGGUGUGAGAUGCUCGUCUACAAGUAUCCAUGUCUUUUCACCUUGGAAACUAGGUAAAAUUGAGAGUUUUUAACUUGUUUUUGAGAAAAAAUUAUAAAUUAUGGAAGUUUUUGACAUAACUUGAUGUUUUUAGAAGCAUGUUCAUGAACGCUACCGCAUUUGGUACCUCAAGAGCUAUUGUCUGGCUACAGAAUCGAAGAGACAUGGUAAGAAAGGAGGAAUAUUGUUUUAGAUAGGUUUUUUGGUAUAUAAUCUAUGCUUGAAUGGAGAAGAUAAAAAAUUUUUGAUUUUUUAACUAAUUUUUGAUUUUUAGCUCCUGGAAGAAGCCCGCACCUCCGCCUCGGCCUCCGGCUCGAAUCAAGCCGGCGUCCGCAGAGAGGAUCACUAUCCGGAGUACCGAGUCGGCCGCAUCAAACACGAACGCAUCAAGGUCCACAGAGAAGGAGAGGAACUGUUUGAUAAUGCGGUCCGAGUCAUGAAAUUCCAUGCCGCCCGCAAGGCCAUCCUCGAAAUCGAGUACCUCGGCGAGGAAGGCACUGGACUCGGCCCAACCUUGGAGUUCUAUGCCCUGGUCGCAGCGGAGUUCCAAAGAAAAUCCCUGGCCAUGUGGUUGUGCGACGACUCCGACGAAGCCCAACAGGCCUUGGAAAAGGAGUCCCUCGAUCUUGGAGAAGGCAAAAAACCCCCGGGAUUUUAUGUCCGCCGCGCUGGAGGAUUGUUCCCAGCACCCGCGCCACAGAACAGCAGCGAAGCCGAGCGGAUCGCCGAUUUGUUCCGAAUUUUGGGAAUUUUCUUGGCCAAGGUCCUUCAAGACGGAAGAUUGGUCGAUUUACCACUCUCACCACCAUUCCUCAAACUUCUCAUUUCGGAUUCGGUAAGAAAUUGAGAGAUUUUGCGAGAAAAGUUGCGAAAUUAAAAUUUUUGGCGACUGAAGUUCUGAAUUUUUCAUUGUCUGUAUUUUUAGGUGGCCGGAAGACAAGAAUCGGACGUUGAAUCGGUCUCAUUGGACGGUUUGUUGAAUCUAGAUGACCUCGAACAGAUCCACCCCCACAAAGCGAGAUUUCUCCGCUCCGUUCAACGCCUUUGCCAACAGAAAGCUCAAAUCCGAGCGGAAAAAUCGUUGAGUCCAGCGGAAAAGCUCAAGAAAAUCAACCAACUUCGUCUGGUCUUUGAUGGAAAUCACGAAUGCUCGGUGGAAGACCUCAACUUGACAUUCGUUUUGAACCCGCCGUCAUCGGUCUUCAAUUACUCGGAGUAUGAACUGAUCCCUGGAGGAGGCUCGGUGGACGUUACCGUGGAUAAUAUCGAGCUGUAUCUUGGAAAAUGCGUUGAUUUCUACCUCAAUUCCGGAAUUAGAAAACAGGUAAGAGCUUUGAUUAGUAUUUUUCUUUGAUUUUUAGGUGGUUUUGAAUGUUUAUGAAUUAAUUUUGGUUCAACUUCCUAUGGAUAAUAUAAUUUCUUGCAGGUAAUGGCAUUCCGGGAAGGAUUCGACUUUGUUUUCCCACUGAGAGCUCUGAAACCCUUCUCUGCAGCUGAAGUUCAGGUAAGGUUUUGAUUUCUUUGCUGGAGUUUUAGGUUAAUGCACGGUCAUGUGUAAUAUCGGAAUUUUAGAAGCUGCUGUCCGGCGAACAGUGCCCAGAGUGGACCAGAGACGACCUGAUCAAUUACACGGAGCCCAAGCUCGGCUACACCAAGGAGUCUCCAGGAUUUUUGAGAUUUGUGGAUGUGGUUGCCGGCAUGACUCCAGAGGAAAGAAAGGCCUUCUUGCAGUUCACAACUGGCUGUUCAAGUCUCCCACCGGGUGGAUUGGCCAAUUUGCAUCCUCGACUGACUAUUGUGCGGAAGGUUGACGGCGGCGGAGAUGGAUCUUAUCCUUCUGUCAACACCUGUGUCCAUUAUCUAAAACUCCCGGAAUACAGCAGCGCAGAGAUCCUCAGAGAACGGUUGUUGGCUGCGACCAGCGAAAAGGGAUUCCAUCUCAACUAA